UCAUCAGGUCAGUACUUAUCUGCAGGCCACCAGGUUAGACAAUGUUUUUAGAUCUCUUUCUUCUCUGAGCUGUGGCCCAUCUACUAUCACACCAUGACGAGCUACACAGAUAAAGGGGAGAAGCCCGCAAGGGGAAAGUUUGUCAAGUUUCACCAUCUCACCUUCUGGGUCGGCAAUGCCAAACAGGCAGCCUCGUUCUACUGUGACAAGAUGGGCUUCGAGCCUCUGGCCUACAAGGGUCUGGAGACCGGCAGCCGAGAGGCGGUGUCUCACGUCAUCAGACAGGACAAGAUUAUGUUUGUGUUUGAGUCGCCACUCAAUCCUGGAAAUGAAGAAAUGGGACAUCACCUGAUGAAACACGGGGAUGGAGUCAAAGACAUCGCCUUCCAAGUGGAGGACUGUGACUUCCUGAUAAAGACAGCUAAAGAGCGAGGAGCUAUAAUCGUCAAGGAGCCCUGGGUGGAGCAGGACAGCCACGGGAGGGUCAAGUAUGCCGUGGUUCAAACGUAUGGAGAUACAACACACACACUCAUAGAGUACCUCAGUCCCUACAAAGGCCUGUUCUUGCCGGGAUACAAGGAGCCCCUGUUCAGGGAUCCACUGUUGGCCAAACUUCCACCGGGGGGUUUGAGCUUCAUCGAUCACGUCGUGGGAAACCAGCCAGAUGAUGAAAUGGUGCCAGUUUCUGACUGGUAUCAGAAGUGCUUGAUGUUCCAUCGUUUCUGGUCGAUAGACGACAAGCAGAUCCACACGCAGUUCAGUUCACUGAGGUCCAUAGUGGUGACGAACUACGAAGAGACCAUCAAGAUGCCGAUCAAUGAGCCCGCGCCGGGGAAAAGGAUAUCGCAGAUCCAGGAAUAUGUGGACUACAACGGCGGACCAGGUGUUCAGCACAUCGCCCUCAACACGUCAAACAUCAUUGACGCCAUAGUGAACCUGCGCGCCCGAGGGAUGGAGUUCCUCUCUGCGCCUGACACAUACUAUGUCGCCCUGCGGCAGAAUCUCAAAAGCGCCAAGAUCAAGGUGAAGGAGGACCUCGACCGUUUACAGGAACUGAAGAUCUUAGUCGACUACGACGACAAGGGCUACCUCCUCCAGAUCUUCACCAAACCUGUGCAGGACAGGCCGACCCUUUUCUUGGAGGUCAUUCAGAGGCACAACCACUUUGGUUUUGGGGCAGGAAACUUCAAGUCUCUCUUUGAGGCCAUUGAGAAGGACCAAGACGCCAGGGGCAACCUCAAAGUGCUGACACCCGAAGGGCAGGCCAAAGCCUUCUACUGAUCCUCCGCCUGCUGCGGCUGCCAAACCACACUUAGACUGUUAUAAAUGGCUGUAGGCGCACAUUUCAGAGGCAAUCAGCAAACACCCUCCACAACGACAGUAAAUCAAACACAUGUACAGAGUGUUGAGUAUCUUCAUGUGACAAGCUGCAAGUGCGAUCAGAUAUGCUUCAAGUUGUCUGUACGUUUGCAUGCUGUAUGGCUAAAUAAAGAAACUCGUGUUCCUGCA